GAGAGAGCUCAGCAUCCUCAGCAUCUCUGCCUGGAAGCAGAUUCAGCUCACGGAUUAUUACUGACAUUUUUAAAAAGGGGGGAUCCCGAACUGAACCGUUUCUAUCUGAUCUAUAAGGAUGCUUCUGGAAAGGGACGACAGCUUUAUGUCUGAGUUUGAGGACGCCUGCAGCGCCUGGGUGGACAGCGUGGGUUCAAGCCCCAGUGAAGGGGUGGACUCUGAUGUGGGAUCACCGUUCAGCCAAGUUUUCUCUCCUGGAACUGACGCCUCAGACUCUGACUUCUUCUCCGAUUUGAGUGACUGCUCUUCGGACACCCUCUCUCCAUCCCUCGGCUACACCGGGAGCUUCUUCGCUGAGCCGGAGCCUGCGGCUGCGGGGCUGAGCAGCACCGCGGACGCCAUCCUGAACAUGAUCACUGAGAUCGUGGGGAUUUGCACUGAGAUGGAGCAGCAGCAGCAGCAGCCCGCCCCCGACUUCAGCCUCCCUCCUCCGGCUGCAGAGCAGCUGCCUGCAUCCGCAGCUUCAGCACCAGUGGUGAUCAAAUCAGAGUUUGGGAGCUCCAGCUGCAGCAGCGGCUGCUCUCAGACCUCCACGCCCGGGAGUGAUGCUCUGCUCCUGCCUGCUGCAGACUCUCUCCUCCCGCUCAUUGCUCUGGAGCAACAGAUGGAUGUGGCUGAUUUCAUCGAGUCUCUGCUGAGCUCCGAGGCCGGGCAGAGCGAACUGAAGCCCGGCUGUGAAGUGAAGCAGGAGCCGCUGGAGCUGGAGGACUGGCUGAAGGGUUUACCGGUUCCAGUAACCGGCGGGGACUCCGGUAACUACGUCAUCAGCAGCGCUCCUUCCACCCUGGACGCGCACCUGCUUUCCUCCCUCCUGCAGGGCGCGUUCCCGCUGGUUAACAUAAGCGGCGCGCAGGCGGCGGGGGCGCCCAAGCAGCCGCGGUCUGGGCGCAGGGCGCACGCGCGGGGCGGCGUCAAACCCAAGCCGUUCCCGUGCUCCGUACAGGGCUGCGAGCGCCGCUUCUCGCGCUCCGACGAGCUCAACAGGCACGUGCGCAUCCACACGGGCCAGAAGCCCUUCCAGUGCACCAUCUGCGCGCGCAGCUUCAGCCGCAGCGACCACCUGACCACGCACACGCGCACGCACACCGGGGAGAAGCCCUUCUCCUGCGACGUGUGCGGCAAGAGGUUCGCGCGCAGCGACGAGAGGAAGAGGCACGGGCGCGUGCACGUGAAGCAGCAGCUGCGCGCUCAGAUGAUGGCCGCCUACUCUCUGGCCCUGAACGCGCCUGGCGUCUAAAACAAACGAACAUUUGGAGGUGUUUUUUUGGAAGUUUUUUCGGAUUUCAACCGAGAACCGGACAGACGUGACGUCAUACCGGUGUACAGGUGCUGUUGCAGUGCCCUGAGGGUUCAGGUGCGGACCGAGCCAGCAGCUGAGCGGGCCUCUGUGACCCUGUGACCCCGCAGCCUGGAGGAAGGCCUCUGCUGUAAAAUAAAACCAACUUUUUUCUGCAUGAAGCCGUGAAGAGACUCUGUGAAUGUCGACGUCAGAAUGUCGUGCUCCUGUUGUUGAUAUUUUUCUGUAAACAGCUUUCUAUAUUUGAAGAGUCUCAUGUUUGCAACACAUCUCUAUUUUUCUAGAUGGACUGUCUACCUCUCAGUGUCACUGUUUUACAAUCAGAGUGUGUAUAUUUUAGAGAAGAAUCCAGAUGUUUCUCUGGCCAGGUUAACGUGAAACACGAUGUCACUUUUUUUUCUAUGAAAUGACUGGAGGUGCUCCAGGUGCGUGCAGGUUGAAGCUGCACCGAUGCUUUGUGGGAUAUGUUGUCCUGUGGUCUGUGGUGUGACAUCUGAAACACACCAGCUCAGUGAGAGCUGAGCUCCGAGUAGCACACAUGGCUGUGCAAGUUUACUGUUCCCUCAUUCUGCAUGGAGGCUGUUGUUGCUGUUAAUAAACAAACCAAACAACAGAU